AUGGCCGCAUUGAGCAGCACUGCGCACGUUAGCACAAACCCCUUUAGCUCCUUAGCUCCCCUUCCUUCACAGCCCAUAAAGCUCGCCGCAACUGCAAAGAAGCUGCCGCGAGUGAGGUGCGCAUUGUCACCGUCGAAUUGGCGGGAGAGCAGGCGAUUGGUCUCCAUCUCUCUGUCUCUAGAUGCUGUUGCUGGCAGUCCAUUCGAUAAGUAUGUGAAAAGGAAAAAGCUUGACCCUCUUGAGGCUUAUGUGUCGCCAGUCAUAUUGACCCAAUUACAAAUCAUGGACUUGGAGAAAUCUCUGGAAGGUGAUGAGCCCCAGUUUGCUACCUGCCGGUCUCUGCUACGUUCAGGCCCUGCAGCGUCCCUUCGUGUAAAUAUUAGAGCUGUGGCGCAGUAUGCUUCAGACGAUGGCAAUGGGAAAACAGCUUCUAGCAGUGUUGAUCAAUGUCUCAGGGCCUUGGAAGAACUGGAUUCCUUGCUUUUGCACGCAUCAAGGAAAGAACAAGCUUCGGUCAAAUCAAUGAAGGCACAGAUUAAUACUGCCCUUGGUGCAUUGGAUAGCCUCCUGAAAACUGUACCAUCAGAUGUGCUGGACAAAGGGAAGGUCGCGGCCGAUUCUUAUAGGAGCUCAUUAGAGAAUGCAGAUGUUGAUAUCUCAGACCCGGACCUGAAGCAAUUGGAAUCAAUAUUAUGA